CAUUUUCUUCUGCGCUAGCGCAGAAUGCGGUAGUCGCGGAAGCGAUGACUGUCAACGCGGAAAUCGGUAGCCUUGUAAUCGCCAUAUUGUUUGCACACACGUUGUGUUAACGAUUCAAUAGUGAUAAUCUCGUGGUGUCGCAAGUGUUUGAUAAGCCACGAGAGGGAAGUGUUGAAAGAAAGGUAAAUAACUCGAGCCAGAGCUCCGAGGCGGCGAAACUGUCGUUCUGAAUCGUGUUAGAGAUUUAUCCAGUAAGAACCAUCGUGACGUGAUCGACAUAAACCGUGUUGUAAAUCGAUCGUGUCUCGAAGCUGUCCGAGCGUCAUACGAUUAAUUCCUUAGCUCAGACACAUCAAAAGUUUCAAGUAUUCGUCACGGUGACGUCACCGACAGUUCUGAGGGAUGGCCCGUGCUUACAAGCAUCGCGACGCAUCGCCUCUCCUCCUCUUUUUAUCUCCGUAAAAUCGACCAAGAAACGUAAGCUAAAUUCUUCGCGUACACGACGACAUGAUCGAAGAAACACAAAAGUGUUCAUAACACUGACAUUUCCUAGUGAAAUCGUUUACACGUACACUUUGGACGAAUUAAUCGAGUGAAAAUCUACUUAUAUAGAGGCAUCAGGCCGAAGGGGUUUCUAUAGAAGAAAGAAAGAGAGAAAAAGAGAGAGAUUGUGAGACUGGUGACCCGGGUGCAAUGUCGUAUCACCGUGGGGGCCAGGCGGGCGCCGUAGCAGUUUCAUACAGCACCAGUCCAAUGGCACCGCAUUCUCCUAGCAGACGAUGUUCCAGCAAUAACAGCGGCAACAACAGUUCCGCUAUUGGCACCUCCACCUCGAAGCUGAACACCUACAGAUCUACUGCUUCCUCGUCGAUCUUAGAUCGACCAACAAAUUUCUACUCGACAUCGUCGUCGACCUCAUCGUCGUCGGGCAGCUCGGGCUUUCGUUCGAACUAUACGACCGAGUACAGGCGAUCCUACUGCCCAUCAGGCAGUUUCUACUCAUCGACGGGUACGAGCAUCCGAAGGAGUUACUUAUCGGAAUACAACCGGUCUCGCUGCUCACCCACAAGGUCAGUUUCGUCGUCGGCAUACAACAGUACGGGUAGCGGUAGUGGUACAGCUACGAAUGUGACGACAAACGGAACCAGCGGAACUAGAUUCGGCUUGUCCACAUCGUCGUCCUCAUCGAGCAUCUCUGCCGGCAGUUCGUCCAGAGAUAGAGGGAUCCCAGAAUCCUCGUCUAGGCUAGAAAUAACGGCGGAUUUGAUCAGGUAUUCGCCAUCUGGUUAUAUACCGAAUAUCCGUCAAACGACCAGCACCACUGGCAGCACUAGCGGAAUCCAUCAUCAUCAUCACCAUCAUCAUCAUCAGUGGAAGCACCAUUCGACCGGUUCGUCGUUGACGGAGUUGUUCGGUGGUGACGAUCGUGAUAUAGCCGUCGAACGUACCGGCAGAGAUCAUCGUCCAGAGUCGUCGCUCUCCUCGUCCUCCUCGUCAUCUUCCUGCGCCGUUGGUGGUGCACUCUGGUCCAGGUCGAAGAGAAGGCCACUGUCCAGCAGCACGGUGCUCAACAGCGGGCAUGCACGCGCGGACAGUGCCGCGUCGCCUGGCGAGGUAACGAUUAACGAGCGCGGCACGAUCCGCGAUCUAGACGAGGACGACGACGACGACGAUGACGAUGACAACAACGAUGACGAGGACGACAAUAACACCGACGACGAUCAACACAACAACAACGGCAAUAAUGGGAAUAACGGCAGCGGUGCUGAGGACACCUGUGAUUCCGGCCGAUAUGGGUUGAACGAUAACGACCGCGACCGAGACCACGACCACGACCGCAACCACGACAGCGAUGACAAGGACGAUGACGACGAGGACGACGAAGACAACAAGCUGAACAACCGGCAUCAUCGCCAACAACAGCAGCAACGCGGUGCUGCCCAUCGGAUCGACGAGGUUUCACCAGCUAAGCGUAACCUCUUGUCGUCUAUUCCCGGUGGCGGUGCUGGCGGUGCUGGUUUGAUCGGUGUUAAGCUCGACUUGCUCACUAACCUAGCCACUAAUCCGAGUAACGGCGAACUGCUGAUUAACAACAACGCUCAGAAGAUUGUCCAAGGUGUUGAAGAAAAGGAGGAAGACGUUGAGAUCAAGGACGAGACUGGAAGCCGUGGUGAGGUAUCAAUACACGGGAUCAACGACGCUGCAACCAUCGACGCGAUUGCGUUCCUCCGUGGUGGUCGUACCGGGGAUCCAGAGAGUCUCGAACACGGUGAGGAGCAACGGACCGCGUCUACCUCGUACGAUAUCGAUCAGACCGGGUUCGUAGGCGGCAUUACGCCGCCCAUCUUGCAAAACGGCGUGGCGGGAAGACCGUCCGGUACUUAUGGGGACGACCCAUCCGUGCCUUCUACAUCCAGGAGACCGGAUGGUCACUUCUCGGGGACAAACACUGCCAGUAAUCUGACUUCCUCGUCACCCACCGCACCGUCCACGGCUCAUCAAAAUCUCUAUCGCGGGAUCGCCGAUCAGUUUGAAGGAAGCCCUACGAACAAAUCGGCUCGUAAUCGAUUACAGGCGCAUCGCGAUGAGCGAUGUGGACUAAACGGAUUACGAAAUAUAGGGAAUACAUGUUUUAUGAACAGUGUGAUCCAAUGUUUGAGCAAUACGAGACCGUUACUGGAAUAUCUGCUGAACGAACAGUACCUCGCUGAUAUAAACACUACCACAAGCAGUAUGAAAGGAGCAUUGAUCAAAGCGUUUAGUCAGGUGAUACAUGAGUUAUGGGAAGUGGGUGGUGAUCUCGUGGUUAAUACGACGGCCCUCAAAUCUCAAAUACAAAGAUUCGCGCCACGUUUUAUGGGAUAUAGUCAACAGGAUGCUCAAGAGUUUCUUAGAUAUCUAUUAGAAGGAUUGCAUGAAGAUGUGAAUAGGGUGACGGUAAAACCACAACCGAUACACACGGAUAUUCCUGAAAUGUACACAGAUAGUCAGAAGGCAGUAGAAAGUUGGAAACGCUACUUACGUAGUGAAGAUAGUAUGAUAGUGGACGUUUUCGUGGGUCAAUUGCGUUCGUCGUUGCAUUGCACUUCUUGUGACCAUGUAUCAGUCACAUUAGAUCCUUUCUGGGAUCUCAGCUUGCCAAUACCGGCUAGAAGUGGUACAGUGAAAUUGAGCCAAUGUUUGGAACAUUUCACGCGAGAAGAGGUGCUCGAUGGUGAUGAAAAACCGACUUGUUCCAAAUGUCAGAUGAGGAGGAAGUGCACGAAAAGUUUCAGCAUACAAAAGUUCCCGAAAAUUCUUGUUAUUCACUUAAAACGUUUCUCACCAAUGGAACGAUUCCGCAGCAAGCUAAAUGUGAUGGUAGAUUUUCCAUUGACAGGUUUGGAUCUCAGUGCCUUUGCUGCGCCUAGAGUUCCGGGUUGUACGUACAAUUUAUACGGUGUCGCGAACCAUUCGGGCACAACACACUCCGGUCAUUACACAGCAUAUUGUAAGCAUCCAUACUCGGCAGAGUGGCACGAGUAUAAUGAUAGCCGGGUGUCCGCGGUUCCAGCGCGAUCGGUCGUUUCCAACGAAGCCUACGUACUGUUUUACGAGCAGCAGCCUCACAGCUCUCACUUGUAACCUUACGCCAUGCUUAGAAUAUGAAAAAAACGACCAUCUUGCCUCUCAAUACCUCAGUCCAGCAUAUAGUAUAAAAAA